AUGGUAACUGUCAAAUCCGGUGGUGUAUCUAUUCGAUACACUAAUACCUGUUUUAUUUAGAAAUAGAAACUAGUAAUUAGAAAAUUGUAAUAUUAAGUUUCGAUUUUUUAUAAAAUAAGUUAUAAAAGAUACAAAACAUGCCAUCCGAAGAUAAUGAUCGAGUUCCAGAAAAUGGUUCUGAAUGUAAUAGCAUGAAUAAUGAAAAUAGUAUGGACAGCACAGUAGGUUCUGAUACAAAUAUUAAUUCUAUAAAGAAGACAAGAAAACGGGGGAUUAUUUAUCUUUCUACUAUACCUCCUUACAUGAACGUUGCAAAAAUUAGAGAAAUAUUUAGCGUAUUUGGCGAAGUUGGUAGGAUUUACUUACAAUCCAGUGCCAAACCUGGAGAAAAACGAAAACGUGUUCCCAAUCAGUUCACAGAAGGCUGGGUGGAAUUUAAAAAGAAAAAGAUAGCAAAGGCUGUUGCGGCGAAUUUGAACAAUACUAAAAUAGGUACAAGAAAAAAGUCCCGCUAUUAUGAUAUGAUAUGGAACAUAAAGUACAUUCCAAGAUUCAAGUGGAUUCAUUUAAGUGAGAGACUGGCUUACGAGAAGGCGGCAAUGAAACAGAGGCUAAGAGCGGAAAUAUCACAGGCUAAGAAAGAAGCACACUACUUACAGAGUAAUGUUGAAAAGAGUAAGAAAAUGAAGAAGAGAAAAGCUGCUGAAAAUAAUUCAAUGGAAUAAAUUUGUCAAAAACUACUGAACUGAUUCAGGGAAUAAAAACAACAAUAUUUCAAGAGAAGAUUUCCGAAAAAUUUGGAACUUCCUACAUUCAGACUUUCUUUGUUUGUAAAUAUAAUAAAACAAAUAAGAGAA